AUGAAUCCCCACGCGUCAAGUAGUACAGAUGGCGUAUACACAACUCUGCUCCUCCAGGAGGCAGACACCACGAGGACAAUCUCAUGGAACCCACAGAUAGUCUUGUCAGAUCACCGCUACGAGGGCGCGCCGUGCUUCCUUUAUGCUCCCGAAGGCCAAGCAGAUUUGGUCUUCGUUGACUACUUCCCGAGCUUGCAGUCUAUCGCAUCCUGGUCCAUCUGGAAUCAACCCAUCCACCUCCAGCACCCCGUGCCAGCCUUCUUCAUUGCACCUAUUCAUGGUAAGGGCCUAGGUAUGAUUGCGCAACGGCCAAUCAACGCAGGCGAGAUGAUCGUCACCGAACGCCCCGUCUGGGCCGGGCGCAGCAGGAUCUCCUGCGCGGCAGACCAGACGAACGCGAAUGGGAUCUUCCAUCGCGCCGCAAUACGGGGUCUAUCCGAGCCCUCGCGCAUCGCCUUCUUCGCUCUCGCAAACUCGUACCCACCUGCGCAGUAUGACGUCGUCCCGGGGAUCCUGAACACGAAUUGCCUCGGCAUCACGGUGCCGACGCGGGAUUCGCGAGCACAGCAAAAUCCCGGAAGCAGGACCGAUACAGAGACGUACAUCGCCUGCUUCCCGACGCUUUCUCGUGCGAACCACGACUGCACGCCAAACGCACAUUACGUCUUCUCGCCCGCGACAUUCGCUGGAGAGUUCCGUGCGAUUCGGAAUAUCGCCGCAGGAGAAGAGAUAACGAUCACGUACACAUCGCUUUGUGCCCCGAGCGCAGAACGAUGCGCCUUCCUUGCCACCACGCGAUUCUUCGACUGCCGAUGUGCAACGUGCGCUCUGCCUGCUGCACAGCUCCGGGUGAGCGAUGCACGGCGUAUGCGCAUACGUGAGAUGCUGGUGAAGAUCGAGGAAGCACGUUUUCCGCCUCGAAUACCGAUAAGCGAAUUACGGGAAGCGGUAGGCUGGGCACGGUCAGAAGGGUUGCGAGUGGAGGAAGGACGGUUAUUGCUUUGCGGAAGUCAGGUGCUCACGGUGUACGAUGGGCUGGAUGUGGCAAUGGGGUGGGCAAAGGAAGCGAGGAAGGUGUUCGAGACCAUCGAGGGUGCGCGGUCGGAAUACUUGCGGAAGCUGGACGAUGCAUAUCGGGUGCAUCAGAGGAUGGCAGCAGCACCCCGGCCCCUGAAUAUUUGA